AUGUUUGGCGCGUUUGAGAAGUAUCACCACAGUGACGACACUGCAGGCUCCGACGAGGAGGAGACCUUCCUCCCCAAGUCCGAUCCAAAGAUCGAAAGCGUCGUACGAGGCUCAUCUUGGACGGAUCAUGUGUGGAAAGCAACGACUCUUCUUUUCGCAGUCCUCUUUGUUGUGUCUCUCUUCUUUCCUCGGCCUAUGAUCUUUCAAUCUAGGGAUACUUACGAGACCGGUUUUGAUACCGACUUGGAGCCAGCGGUUGCAUCAAUCAGAAUGCAGCGAACCAAGUUCGCAGGCGGAAUCAUUGUAAAUGAUUCGGAUGCCUUCGAACUCGUGCUGGACCAAGGGGCGCCUCAAUAUACUGGCCAUCCCACACAGAAGCUUGACGACAACUGGGACAGGCUGGUCGGUGGAUACAUAGCUCUCACACAGGCGGAAGCCGCCAAAAUCCAGGGCGAGGUCUCCGUGGAUGGCGGCAGCUACUUCGUAGUACCACAUGUACGGCAUAGUCUCCACUGCGUGAACUAUCUCCGAAAGGUGGCGUAUGAGAAGUGGUAUCCUACGAUUCGCACUGAGAACAAACCUACUGUGCCGACAUUUUGGCAGCACGUCGACCAUUGCAUCGAGACGUUGAGACAUACUGUCCAGUGCCAAUCGGAUCUUACGCCAGUGCCCCACGUCUGGUCAGAAGGAAAGCAGAUGUAUUUGGCAGACACGAGUCUGGAACAUACCUGCAGAAAUUACGAGGCACUUAUGAAUUGGCAAGACAGACGUGAAGACGCAUUCAAGGCCAAGAUGGGCCACGAAUAG